AUGUACUGGCAAUGUCUGAAAUGUGAGUGCAACCUCAUAUUUCCUUUAUCAUUUGUAGCACCCCGUACUACCGAGAAUUUCGUCAAGCUUUGUACUGGAGCGGCAGGACUUGGGAAACAAAGUGGUAUUCCAUUGCAUUACAAAGGAUCAACAUUCCAUAGAGUGAUUAAGGAUUUCAUGAUCCAGGGCGGUGAUUUUACAACUGGCAAAGGCACUGGUGGAGAAUCAAUCUAUGGCGGUCUUUUUGAUGACGAGGCUUUUGUUCUAAAACAUGAUGAACCCUUUCUUCUCUCCAUGGCAAACAAGGGCCCAAACACUAACGGAUCACAAUUUUUCAUCACGACUAAACCCGCUCCACAUUUGAAUAAUAAACACGUAGUAUUUGGAAAGGUAAUUUCCGGUAGUGAAGUUGUGACAGAAAUCGAACAUCUCAAAGUCAAUGCAAGAUCCUGUCCUGUUGCCGAUGUCAUCAUCACUAAUUGUGGAGAACUUGUCAGGAAGCGAAAGAGGGAAGUCUGCUCAAUAAAGAAGGAAGACUUGCCGCCCGAACCACCUAAUCAACACUCGUUCCUUAUGCGAAGAUCUAAAACUCCCGAAGAUCGGAAGAAAGCUAAGGGAAAAAAUGAGCGCUCUCAACCAGAAAAGAUCAUUAAAGUAAGAGGACGUGGCCAAUUGCGUUUUACAUCACACCUUCGUGAUAAGACACCACCUCAUUGGAAGCGUGAGGAGGCAAAACUGAUCACAUUAAAAAGAAUGCAAGAACUGAGAGAAGAACGUGCUAAUCGAGAAAGAGAGUAUCAGGAAAGGAUAGCCCGAGAGAAUGCGGAGAAGCGCGAUAUUGAGAAGAGGAAGUUAAAUCAUGAUGAGGAAAACGAGGAGCGGAAGUCGGAUGACGAUGGACUUGGGGAGAACAAAGCGGACGAAAUUGAGUUGCGUGAACAUCAGGCAGAGGAAAAAUCGCAAAAAGUGGAGAAACCAAAGGACCAUGAGACUGAAGAAGAUGACAACGAGACGCAUCAUCGCGAUAAUGAUAAGCAACGAUCGCUAAAUCCAAAGGAAACCCGAAGAAAUGACGAACGUGAUCGCGGUCGUGAGGUUAUUUUUUAA